ACCCUAAGGCCUAGAACCUUCCACAAUCGUCCAGGACCAGGGCUGAGGCUACAUCCAAUCCAUUUCCCUCAUUUUUAUAACACCGCACCGAUCAACUUUCCUAGCCUUCACUUGGUAAUUCUCGCAUCAGGCUAAUUCAAAACCCUAAUUCAGUCUGACUUCAGAGGCUCCCGAGUAAGGUAGAAAUGGCUUCGAAGCGUCUCCUUCCAACCCUCAACCGCGUUCUGAUCGAGAAAAUCGCCCAGCCUUCCAAAACCAACGCCGGAAUUCUUCUUCCCGAGUCCUCCACCAAGCUCAACUCCGGAAAAGUGGUUGCUGUUGGACCGGGAGCACGGGAUAGAUCUGGGAAUGUGAUUCCGGUGGCUGUGAAAGAAGGGGAGACUGUUCUUUUGCCUGAUUAUGGGGGCACCCAAGUUAAGCUCGGCGAGAAAGAGUUCUUCUUAUACAGGGAUGAGGACAUCUUGGGAAUCUUACACGAGUAAGAUUGCUUCUUGUUUUGUUUUUUUAAGAUCUUUCCAUGGAGUGAUGUAAUGGGGUUGAGAGCCAUUUUUAAAUUGACAAAUUUUAUGUACUGAAAGUUUUUUAAGAAAUGAAAGUAAUAACUUUUUAUAUUUGGAUUCCAAAGAUUGGAUGUGAAAUGUAGAAUCUGACUUUGAGAAAAUAUAGUCUGUCAAAUAAAUCUCUAUUCUAAUUA